AACACAUUUUCAGUUUGUUUUUUGGCCAUAGUAUAUGUUUAUUUAAAUAUAUGAAUUAUGGCCAAAAUGUCCUCGGUGGAGACGUAUGUAACGCGUAUUAGGCCCGCCAUAGAAAAUUUCAUAAAGCAGCCCAAUAAAGCCAACUUGUCGGAAGUAGAAAAAGAAGUCAUGGGAUUUGACUUUGGACAAAUACGCAUAUUUCAAAUACAAAUUGUAGUCCCGCUUGUGAUUAAACUGGGCGAACUUACAGGGGAAAGUCAGGAACUACGAACAAGCUUGUUGGAUUGCUUGCGACACAUUAUAUCCAAGCUCUAUUUGACGGAGGAGAAAGCCUUACGCUCCAUUCUAGUGGUGGUCUUGCAGCAGGUCCGUGAUCGCAAUGGCAUUGCAAUGCAUCCCGAUCUCUCCGAGGAAAUCAAAUUGGCGGCAGUACUCUGCAUAACUGUGGCCCUGCAACGUUCCACAAGCGAUGUGCUUGAAACAUUUUAUGGAAACGAGACUGUCGUGCUCUUAGGCCAAAUUUUACUCACGUUGAUUGAGUUUAUCUCAAAGGAAAGGUAUCGCAAGUUGGUCAAUUCAUCGCUGGAGGCCUUAAUGGUAGUCUUCUAUGUGCACGAUGAUGCCGAUGCUGGCGAUGUGGUUUUGCGCAACCAGAUAGCCAACACCAUAUUCAUAUUCCUACCCAAAAUCGUUACUGUGCUCUUUAAAACAGCGAUGGCGGAUGAUAAGGUUGGCGAAUCAACCAAAUCCUUGGGCAUUAAGGCCCUGGGCCGCAUCACCUGUGUCAUGUUUGAGGGAACCACAGAGGAGCUUAUCAAAGCACGCUACGACGCGAAUGCAUUCCAAUCACUCUUUAGCAUCCCCAAAGAUGAGAGCAAUGAGCUGCGGAAUGAAGUUAACAUAUUCGAGCGCCUGAAGAAGCUCCAAGCUGGUCCACGCUCUGCAGAGUGGGUAUCAACCACAUUAAAACAUAUGCGCAUCAUCUUCGUCGAAACGAGUAUUUUGCGCGCCCACAGUUCUGUUGCAGUGCGUCAAAUGUAUGCGGAAAUGUGCUGUUUACUCUUGAAGAAUUGCACGCACAACUUGAAACAUAAUUUUAUACAUUUGCUGGAGAGUGUUUUAGCAUUGUCGGAGGAUGAGGAGAAGAAUAUAGCGAAAAUGUGCCGUGAGACCCUAGUGCAGCUGCAGCAGCUGCUGAGCUGUGCAAGCAUCUUUGACGAGAAUGCAGAAAUGCUUCUGGAUGCGCAUCUUAACAAAUGGCCACGCAUUCUACAGCGCUGUGAUGACAGCGAACAGUUAUCGGAACUGCUUUUUUUCAAGGGAUUCUUGCGGAAUCUCAGCGCUGAUAAGUUACAGCUGAUGCUGCUGUUACCAAAGAAUUUGGAGUUGUUUGUCAUGUGUCUGCUGACUGCGCUUGAUCAGCAUACAUCGCGGGAAUUGCUUAAUGAGGAAUACUCGCUACGGCGUCUCCAAGAGGGCAGUGCUAAGGAACUGGCGGCUCAGUGUUCCACAUUGUCUUGGCGCCGGUUCAAGUAUCUCAACUCCAAACGCUGCUUAGAUGUUCUUUAUGACAUUGCUGCAUUAUUGGGCGUUGAGCCGUCUUUAAAUCGCCUAAUCUUUGACUUUUGCCAGGAUUUGAUUGAACGACGCAGCUCAGCCAUGAAUGAGUCGAUCUUGUUAAUGACGCUUAUGAUAACGCCGCAGCAAAGAGAAGCGCGCGCAAGCCGUUUAUUGCUGGCACAACUUUUUGUGGAUCAACUACUUGCCGAAGAACACUGGCAUUUGGCACUUCAGCCGGAUGCAGCCUGGCGACUUAAGGUCAACAAGCCUUCCUCCUGGUUUAAAGAUCACACGCCUGGUCUCUACUCGUCCGCUAUAGAGGUUCGCACGCAGAAUUGUGAUUCGGAUGAUGAGAGCGAGCCAGUCAAUAGUCGCGUGACCAUUGCGGAUGCACAGUUCAAUGUGCUGCAUACUUGCCUGGUUUUGGAUGCCCUGGGGCAUUGUGCUAAAUUUAUUGGCGAUACGUUUGAUCGUCAUAUAUUUCGCAGCUUGCACAAAGUGCUGCUAAAGUUGGCCAGCAGUAACACCAUGGUCCAUGAAGCAGCUACAUUUGCAUUCGUUUCAAUGCAGCUGGCCUUGAAAUAUGCAGCACCCUCACAUUUCAUAGAAUGCUCCACUGACUACCUAACCUUUCAUCUCAAUGCGUUGCUAAAAAAGUCACCCGAGAGCAGUGAAGCCGUAGAUAUACUCUCAGUUGUUUUGCAGUACAGCACGCGAGGGAAUGUGCCCCAUUUGGAAAGUAUUUUCCAAACAAUAUGCGAGGAAUGCGCCAAGUCACAUCAGACGGACAAUAUACAUUCAUAUUUGCGCGUCUUCAAUGCAUUCCUGAGGCAUGCGGUCAGCUGGCAAAGUGCUACUGCGGCAGAGAUCGCCGACAUUCAAAUGCAUGUGGAUGAGGAGCAGAGUAUUCUAAACACUUGGCUAAAUGUGCUCAAUAAGCAGUCAACUGACACUCCUGUUGAUUUAAAUAGUGCGCCAAAUGAAGAACCAGACAUAAAUAUGCACGAAGCAGAAAUUGAGGAUCCCUCAGCGGAGCCGCCUUCAAAGCCCAUUCUGCCGCGACACAUUGAAAUUGUCAAGGAGAUUAUAAGUCAGUCUAUCAAGUUUCUUUCAAAGUCUGAGCAAGCACAGCAAAUUCUUGCACUGGAAUGCCUUAUUACUGGUGUGCCACUGCUCGCCGACUAUGAGGACGAGCUGCUGCCUCUAGUCCAUCUGUUAUGGCAGCCGCUGGUCGAAAAAUUUCGACAGAAAGACUCGAUAGUGCUAAGCCGCUGUUUCAGCUUAUUGCACAUUCUCGUCCUGCAUGCUAAAGAUUUUAUCUUAAAGCGCAGUCUUAGCGAUGUGAUACCUCAGCUUAAGCAGUUUUUGAAGGAGGCCAGUCACCACAGUAGCACGGAAACUUUACGAGCGGCCACCCAGGAAUAUAAGCUGCAGUUACAGUUGCUGCGGCAUCUGGCAUCAUUUAUACGCAGCCUGCAGCUUGAGGGCAAACAUCUUCAUGAUCUGCUUAGCAUUGUUGUAUUGUAUUUGUCUCAGGCGCAACCUAAAGAAAUGCAAGCGCUGGCUGUGGAAUUCUAUGAGAACCUAGCUACCUACAACGGACCAUUUGUGUAUGUGACGCUGCUACAACGUGCUCAUCUCAAGGACUACAAAGCUAGUAUCGACCGAAUUUUUCACAGCUUAGGCUUUCGCCUAGAAGCGCCACUCGAACCUAAUCUUGACUAAUAUAAGUUUAGAGUCUUUAUAACAAUUACUUUACAUUGUUUUACAUUCUAGACUUUUGCUAUUUCUAUUGUUUUCAAUUGUCAAAGCACAUGGUUCGCUUUGUUUGAUCAAUGCUUAAGCUAAAAUUGAUUAUCGAUUGGAUAGUUUUUGUUUUUUAUUAAAAUGACUUGUGUAAGUUUAUAUAAACAAGGAUUGAACAAAAAAUUUAAUUUAUACAGAAUUGUAGCCUUUGGAAGUAAAAUUUAAGGUAGGGGCUUGCUGUGGAGUAUGGUUUUCUCACGUUAUUGCCAAUUUCUAAAUGCUAUGCAUAAACAUAAUAAAUUUGCUCACUGUUUACGUUUUAA